UAAUAUCUUUGCUCUAUAUCAUCCUUCUACGGUAGUAUGUACGCCUUUUAUGUCUAUUCUCCAUGCUGUAAUACCUGUCACAACAUAUUACAAGACAAGAGUCGCUAAAGUUUGUUUAUCGAGUUUAUUCAUCACACAUUGUAUGCCGUUACAUAUAUAGUGUGGUAUUUUAAUGAAUGUUACAUUACACCGUAAUAUUAGGAGAAAAAUGGAACAGCUAGAAAAAUCCCAGAUAAUUUGUCACAUCGAGAAAUCUGUAGACUAUUCCUUGUUUGAUGCAAAGUGGAUUCCUUGUAGUACUAAAUUUGUUGUUAUGGGAUCAAAACCUCGUGGUACCGGUAUCAUACAAGUUUUCGAAAUUUCUAAUGGUGAAUUAAAUCUCAUCAAAAACAUAGAAGGCCCAAACGCUAUUAAAUGUGGAACAUUUAAAGUUAGCAGUCUUCGAGAUCGGCAUUUGUCAACUGCAGAUUUCAGGGGAAAGCUGAACAUUUACGAUUUGGAAAAUCCAGCAUUGCCAAUCUGUAGAAUCAAUGCUCACACGGAAAUUAUUAACUCUAUCGAUGGAAUAGGAGGACAAAACGUUGGUUGUGGUGCCCCUGAAUUAGUAACUGGAUCUAGAGAUGGUUCCGUCAAGGUUUGGGAUCCUCGUCAAAAUGAUCAACCCGUAGCUGUUAUGGAACCAAAACAGGGUGAAACUCGCAGGGACUGUUGGACUGUAGCCUUCGGGAAUUCAUAUAAUUCUGAGGAAAGAAUCGUUGUUUCUGGUUAUGAUAACGGAGAUAUUAAGAUGUUUGACCUGAAAGCGAUGUCGUUGCGAUGGGAGAGUAACGUAAAAAAUGGCGUGUGUAGUCUUGAAUUUGACAGAAACGAUAAUCUGAUGAAUAAACUCGUUGCCACAACGCUGGAAUCAAAGUUCUAUGUGUUUGAUUUGAGAACGCAACAUUCAAAAAAGGGAUUCGCUCAUCUUUGCCAAAAGGCUCACAAAUCAACUGUAUGGCUGGUUCGACAUUUACCACAAAAUAGAGAUGUAUUCGCAACCUGCGGAGGAGGUGGUUCCAUUUGUUUAUGGAAAUACAAUUAUCCAGAUAAAAGGAGAGAAACGGGUCCAGGUGGUAUGGAUCAUGGAGUUCCUGGAAUAGUGAAAUGUUUACAGAAUUCCACUUUAUCGUCGCAGCCCUUCAGCGCUCUCGAUUGGAGUCCCGAUAAGCAGGGAUUAGCUGUUUGCACUUCUUUUGAUCAAUGUCUCCGAAUAUUAAUUACAACAAAGUUGGAUCUCUACUGAUGUAUCAAUUGUAUACAAUGAUAUAAAAAUAAGAAAGAAAUCAUUCACCCGA